CGCCCCCUUCAACCGCAGGGCGGUGUGACAGAACCGAAGCGAAGGCGGCGUUAAGGCGGCCGCCGCUGUUGUUGUUGUUGUCGUCGUCGCCCUGAGAGCCCCGGCCCUUCUUUCUUUCUUUCACCGCCAGGGGGGUCAGGAGGCAGCCGGCGCUGCCCCCGGCCAUGGUCCCCCGCCCGCCGUCUUGGAGGCAGGAGGAACCCGAGCGGCCGCCAUUGCCUGAGGGGGCUGCGAGGGGGCUGCGGGAGGAUGGACGCUGACGAGGUGACCAUCCGCGAACAGAACUUCCACAGCCAAGUGCGGGAGUACACGAUCUGUUUUCUUCUGUUUGCUAUCCUGUAUAUUGUUUCCUACUUCAUUAUCAGAAGAUACAAAAGGAAAGCAGAUGAGCAAGAAGACGAAGAUGCAAUUGUCAACAGAAUUUCGCUGUUCUUGAGUACCUUUACUCUUGCCGUUUCAGCUGGUGCCGUCCUCCUUCUACCUUUCUCAAUAAUCAGUAAUGAGAUCCUGCUUUCUUUUCCGCAGAGCUACUAUAUUCAGUGGUUAAAUGGCUCCCUAAUUCAUGGUUUAUGGAAUCUUGCUUCCCUCUUCUCCAAUCUUUGUUUAUUUGUAUUGAUGCCCUUCGCUUUCUUCUUCCUGGAGUCUGAAGGCUUUGCUGGCUUAAAAAAGGGGAUCAAAGCGCGCAUUCUGGAAACUCUUGUUAUGCUCAUUCUUCUUGCACUGCUUAUCCUUGGAAUCGUGUGGGUGGCCUCAGCUCUCAUAGACAAUGAUGCAGCAAGUAUGGAGUCUCUGUAUGAUCUUUGGGAAUUCUACCUCCCUUAUUUAUAUUCCUGUAUAUCACUGAUGGGAUGUUUAUUACUUCUAAUAUGCACGCCAGUGGGACUUUCACGAAUGUUUACAGUGAUGGGUCAGUUGCUUGUGAAACCAACGAUCCUUGAAGACCUGGAUGAACAGAUAUACAUCAUUUCCCUAGAAGAAGCAGCCAUCCUGCGGAGGCUAAAUGGUGUAUCUUCUCCCAUGGAGCAUAAUACAAAGCAGCUGGAACAGGAACUUAACAAUGUGAGGAGCAUGAAGUUCAAAUUGGAACGGCGGAAAAAGGCUUCUGCAUGGGAGAGGAAUCUUGUGUAUCCAGCCGUAAUGAUACUGCUGCUAAUUGAAACGGCCAUCUCAGUCCUGUUAGUUGCUUGCAAUAUUCUUUGUCUGCUGGUGGAUGAAACUGCAAUGCCAAAGGGAACAAGGGGGUCUGGCAUAGGAAAUGCCUCUCUGUCCACAUUUGGUUUUGUGGGAGCAGCUCUGGAGAUCAUUUUGAUUUUCUAUCUUAUGGUCUCCUCUGUCGUCGGCUUCUAUAGCCUGCGUUUUUUUGGAGAUUUCACUCCCAGAAAGGAUGACACAACCAUGACGAAGAUAAUUGGAAACUGUGUUUCCAUCUUAGUCCUCAGUUCGGCGUUGCCAGUUAUGUCAAGAACGCUGGGCAUUACCAGAUUUGACCUCCUUGGAGACUUCGGAAGGUUUAACUGGUUAGGAAACUUCUACAUUGUGUUAUCCUACAAUCUGCUUUUUGCCAUUAUGACAACCUUGUGUCUCGUCAGAAAAUUCACCUCUGCAGUUAGAGAAGAGCUCUUCAAAGCAUUGGGUUUAGACAAACUUCAGCUCUCACACAGUGCAAGAGACUCUGAGACGACAAAGCCCUCUGCCAACGGGCACCAGAAAACACUGUGAACAGCAGCUGACGGAGCUGAGCCCUUUUGACUUCAUGACAUUCCUGUCACUUCAUCACCCUUGGGGUUUUUUUUUUUUAAUUGCUUUUGUUUGUCUGUUGGGUCCAAGUUGAUAAAAAUGCGAUCGAGAGAGCUGGAUGCAUCAGACUGCACUCGUUUCUCACUGGGAUGGGUCUGUCUUAAUUAUUCAGUCAGCUGGUGCAGAGAGAGACAUCUGGAAAUGGUAAAGAAAACCGCAGUCCUCUUUGAACAGAGCUCCGUGUUGUCUUGUUAGCAGACCAGGCAAUGAAUUUUCUGUGCAUAAAUACGUUGCUGAAGAGCGAGGCUAGGUCUGUUGGAAGUGAGGUCUAAAGAUGAGCCUUGUUAGCUGUCAGUGGCAAGCCUUCCAUCAAAGCUGCUGCUUUGCCAUCAAUCGUGAAAACUUGCGGAGGGCAGAAAGGCCCAGGACCAAUGCAUUAGCCUGACCAGUUUGCACCACUGUGUUGAAGAUGCCAGCAGUUCUUAGUUGCAAAUUGUAAGUGGCCCUCCGGUUAUCCCUAGACAGGACUUCUUCCACAGCUAGUGAGCCACACAGUAACUCUGUUUCAUACCACAGUGCUAAAUUUGAGCCUAGUAAACAGAGUAUAAUUUGGCGGACCUGCAAUCACUGUGGAUAAGGGAUAGGUGAGCAACAUGGCCAUCAUACACUCCACUAAAUACUAUGCACGGAACACUGUUGGUCGUCUUCUGUGCCAUGUGUAGCCCCCAUGCAUAGACAGUGAGGAGGUGGCAGUUGCAUAGAACUUUCGUACUGACAUAACUUACCAGUAGUAAACCGCUCCUCUCAAACCCCGGGUUUAGGUCUAGUAAGUAUGCAGUGCAUUCCAGCUCAGUGAAGCAAACCACUUUUUCAUUCAAUCCUGUAAGUCCAUGACUAUAUGCACACCUAUAUAUUUUUUGAAACCCAGAGUAAUCUGCCAAGCAGACCACAUGCUAAAAUUUUUUAGUGUGAAAAUUUAGAUUCCUGUUUAGGGGCUUAGUUAAGGUCACAUUCACAGACUGUAUGAUUCUUUGUUGUGUGCACAUGAAGCUGAAGGAAGCUAAAAUGAGCAUGUUGGCUAACAUACUGUGAAUGGAGGCGAGUAGACUGUAGGAGCCAGUGUAUAUUCAGCAUGUAGACUGUAGGAGCCAGUGUAUAUUCACCAUGCUGUUGGAUGGUGAAGUGCCACUAGCUGCAUAGAUGAGGGCAUUGUUAUCACUUAGAAGAUGAACGGGAACCUGCAACAUUAAAUGUUUCACCUCAUUUAAGAAUAUCAGUGUUAUGUCAAUCUCAGCAAACCUAGGAACACUCAUCCACACUGCAUCGUGACACGUACAAUAUUCAGAUGACCUAACAGGCUGUCUGACUCUUUAAAAAAAGAUUUAAAAGUUGCUAGUUUUGUUAGCGUUAACGAGAGUUUUUCUUCAUUGUGGGGUUCUUGAACAUUAGAAAUGUCUUCAAUUUCUCACACAUUUUAAUGCAAAUCUUGUGUUAAAAAAUUUGGAGGGUAUUGUUUGGAAUAACUACAUUCCAGUGGUUUUAUGGACAUCCCAAGUGGACGUGAUAAAACAGCACAUGCAGAAGUACCUUUAUGAAAUGGGACCUAGUAACUGGGAUUUUACAUAGUGGAAGCCUGCACUUAUAGCGGCAAUGUAAUCAGUUUGGUCAGUGUGCUGAACCCCUAUGGAAGAGUAGCAACCAAUUUUAGGAUAGGCUUGGCUAUCACUUGCCUUGAUGAAUCUUCCUCCUCUUAAAACUGGGCAGUGUUGCCUGUCAGGGGACACAUAUACGCAUCGCUGACAUCUACACCUGACACAUGCAGGGAGACAUAUCGCAGUAGGUUAACAAGUAACAUGCCUACAGAGGACGUGAAUUCUGCAUAGUAUACAUAUAAUCACUCCUUUGGUUCAAGAAUGGACUCAACCAGAUCGCUGCCAUAACUACUGCAUUUACUACAUGCUUGAAUUCAGACUUCAUUGAGCUGUUUGAGGAAUUUUGGAGCGCCGUUACUGGCCUGCUUGGGUAAGAGUCACAUGAAGUAUGACUGUACAUUUAAUAGUUUGAUUUUAAGCACUUGUAUACUCUUGGAUUCAGCUAUGUGAUAACUGCAAAAACCAUUAAGGAUGCAACUUGAUUUGUGCUGGAAGUCUAAUUACAGCUGAGGUGUAUUUGUGAGAGAUUUCUAUCAAGAGCUUCAUGUAUCAUACACAUACUGAAUGCUUUUCUCGGGGCGGGGGGGAGAAAUACCUCCUGGGGUGCAUCUGUAUGAUUUGAGCUGGGGGAAAAGUUAACUUGCCUUAGCUGGUGUCAUGGCCCCAUUAGUAUCAACCCCCAUCCCACUUCCACCAAUUAACACUUUUAAAAACUAUGGAAGAUACGAUUACAAAUCUAUCAACCUAGUAUGGCCCAGAAGGGGAAAUGUGGUUGAAAUAUCCACAUUUUCCAUGUGUAGAAAGUUAUUUUGGGAGAAAUUUGUAAUUACAGAGAACCAAUAAAUGCAGUUGGGAGAGUAUGGGGAGAAAUAGUCUGUAAAGCAGGUCUUAACUCCAAUGGAAACUGUUUCAGCAGAUACAUUCUCAUUCCAUCAAAUGGGGGAUAUGCUGAAGGGGAAGCAGUUCCCUGGGAACUCUGCCUUCAAGGCAUCCUGGAAUUGGCUGGCAUUCAUAGUCUAUGACAUAGUCAAAAAGGGUUUCCUAAAGUGCUCUUUAUAGCAGAGGGCCUAUCCUGAUGGCUGUAAUUUAUGGAGUCAGGUGUGUGUUUCACCCUGUCUAUACGUACCUGCCCCUCACUAGGAAAUUUCGUGUGUCCAAUCAGACAUGUGAAGCUGUACCUUGAGUCUGUCUAGUGCAUGUUGGUGCCAGUAGCACACAAUACCACAAACUUGUUUUCUGCCAACACAGUGAAGGUGUACAAUUUCAAUGUCUGAAAUUUAAGGUAAACCCUAGCUAUUGUCUUGUCCAUCUCUACCCCCCCCAGAUACGCAUAAACAUUUUAAAAGGCUUAAAUUCAAUUAAGUAGAAGCAGUAAUUCAUUGAUGGAUAUUGGCAGUACAUUCCUAGUGGUUUGACUCAUGUAGAGUCAAGUGUUCUGUACCUCUUUAAGGUAUAAAAAGCUUUUCUGACAUCAAUCAUCUGCCUCAUUUAUUAUGAGGCCAAAGCACAAAUAAUGCUUUCGUUUUAUAAACUAGGUAUAUUAUCAAAUCAGACCAAAAACAAUGUAUGUGAAUUAAGUUUCUUGGGUAAGCCACUGUUUGGCUUGGUAGCACAGCGUGUUAAUGAACAGGGACAGAACUGUCACCGCAAAGUCUGAGCACACCCUUCGGCUGUUUCUAAGCUGAGCUCAAGCUGACGUGGGUUACUUGAGAAAUAGCCGCAAUUUGGGUUAACUGAACACUUUGUUUACGGAUUGUAAUGUGAUGUUUAUCUUUCUCCACUU